AUGCCCAACGAAGAAGCCCAAGCGUUUCAUUACGCAGUCUACGAUGAAGUCAAAAGAAUCCCCUUUGGCAAAGUCACCACUUAUGGUCACAUUGCUAAACUAAUAUUUCGCCCCAUGAACGCUCGUCAGGUGGGCCAAUCUUUGAAAUUUUUACCUAGAGAAAUAUCCCAAAACGAUCUUUACAAUAUUGAUAAUGUCCCUUGGUGGAGAGUGAUCAAUGCCCAAGGGAAGAUUUCCCCUCGUGCAGAAGGAAUGCAACGACAAGAAGAAAUGUUAAGAAAUGAAGGCGUGGAUGUAGAAGACGGUAAAGUGAGUUUAGUAAAUAAUGGGUGGUUUCCUACUACAGAGUUUGAUAUAGAAGAAGAAGAAGAUGAUGAUGAUGAAGAUGAAGAUGAUGAUGGCGAUGAAGAUGUUGAUGAGGUGACGAGAUAA